AGCGCCCCCUUUGCUUCAGAGAAAAGCAACACGGCGCUCUCACUUCACCAGCUCGAACUCUCUCCCCAAAAUGCCGUCUUUCAUCGACGGCCCCACCUUGCGCGCGCUGCUCCGGUCGUCCACCAAUGGGCGCCGUACGAAGAUCUCGGACGGCGGCGGCGGCGGCGGCGGCGGCGGGAUCUUCAAGAUGUUCAAGCUCAUGCCCAUGCUCUCCUCCGGGUGCAAGAUGGUGGCGCUGCUCGGCAAGCACAACCGCGCGCUCCUGGCCGACCACGCCACGACGGUGACGCUGUUCGGGCACCGGCGCGGCCGCGUGAGCCUGGCCAUCCACGAGGACACCCGCGCGCCGCCGCUGUUCCUGAUCGAGCUGCCCAUGCUGACGAGCGCGCUGCACCGGGAGAUCUCGUCCGGGGUGGUCAAGCUGGCGCUGGAGAGCGACACCCGCAGCGCGCGCCGCCGCCUCGUGGAGGAGUACGUCUGGGCCGUCUACUGCAACGGCCGCAAAUCCGGGUACGCCAUCCGCAGGAAGGAGGCCUCCGACGACGAGCGCCACGUGCUGCGCCUGCUGCGCGGCGUGUCCAUGGGCGCCGGCGUGCUCCCGGCGGCCCCCGAGAAGGACGGCGGCGGCGCGCCCGCGGGACCCGACGGCGAGCUCACGUACGUGCGCGCCCGCGUCGAGCGCGUCGUUGGGUCCAAGGACUCGGAGGCCUUCUACAUGAUCAACCCCGAGGAGGGUGGCAACGCCGGCGGCGAAAGUGGUGGCGGCGCGCCGGAGCUGAGCAUUUUCCUACUUUCAGAGAAGGUAGGUGCGUGCACAAAAAUGAAGUGUCUCAUCAGAACAUCGAUGUGUGAAAGGACUUCUGAACUAACGGCAACUUUCUGGAAUCGAUAGGGCUACUUGGAGUACAAUCUCU